AUGCACCCCAAGCUGUUCGCGCUGCUGUGUCUGGUUCUGCCACGCUUGACUUCGCCACAAGCCGUUGGAGCGGGUCAGUUUCACUCAUUGAGUGGUUCUCAUGAAUGUGAUUUCACAUAUUUACACCCUCGACGAUACACCGCGUAUCACCUUCCACCACCAACUAAUCAGUUCUCACCAAGCAUCUCGAUCGACGGAGUUCUCGACGAGAAAGUGUGGGCCGAAGUCCCUUGGAGCGAGCCGUUCCAAGACAUUCGCGGCGCAGCAUUCUGGUCGCAACCGUGGUUCGCCACCAAGUUCAAACUGCGUUACGACCAAAAAUUCCUCUAG